AUGGGCUACGAUAUUGACGCUUUGUCCGAAGCCUCGGACCUGAGCUCCUUGGCUUCGGUGUCCCCCCGAUCUUCUCUGGAGCCAGAAGCGCGUUAUCCAACACCGUCAUCCCAACUUGAAGCUGAGACCGAUCACUACGCCGCUGAGGGUUCUUCUGCACGCCAAGCCCGUCCCGCAAAGAGGAGACGCAACCCCCUACCAAAGGAACGAACCACUCAGUACCUCAAUCUCUCCAAGUCUCUACAUGAGCAAUCUGAUCAGCACUAUCUACUUGUUCAAACUCUUCGCCACCAAAAAGAUGUCAUCGUCAUCGCUGGCGCCGGUAUCUCUACAUCCGCGGGCAUUCCGGAUUUCCGCUCCACAGAUGGUCUUUUUGAAACGCUAAAAAAGAAGCACAACUUGAAGGCCUCCGGCAAACUUCUCUUUGAUGCCGCUGUCUAUCAGGAUUACGCCUUGACAGCACCUUUUCACGAAAUGGUCCGGUCGCUGUCUGAAGAAGUUCAGAAAAGCAAGCCUACCGCCUUCCACAAAAUGAUCGCCCGACUAGGUACGGAAGGUCGCCUGAAACGACUUUACACCCAAAACAUCGACGGCAUCGAGACUGGGAUGAAACCACUAGCUACCGACAUUCCUCUCAACAUCAAAGGCAAUUGGCCCAUCACCAUUCAACUGCAUGGCAGUAUCGAGAAGAUGGUUUGCCAAAAAUGUCGCUUUCUAACUGACUUUAACCGUGAUAUGUUCACCGAAGCGGACCCUCCUGCGUGUGAGGAGUGUGCGAUCAACGAUGAGAACCGCCAGAUCGGUGGUCUACGGAGUCACGGAAUCGGCCGUAUGCGCCCGCGUAUUGUUCUCUACAAUGAACAUAACCCCGAUGAAGAGGCAAUCACCUCUGUGAUGAACGCAGAUAUCAAGUCUCGUCCCCGCGUCCUGAUCGUUGCCGGCACCAGCUUGAAAAUCCCGGGAGUUCGCCAGCUCGUUAAGAGAAUGUGUGCAACGAUCCGCGGUCGGAAAGACGGAGUGACCAUGUUUAUCAACAACGAACCCCCAAGCGGCAAGGAAUUUGACGACUGCUUCGAUCUGAUUGUGCAAGGAUCAUGCGACGAAGUGGCCAACCAGGCCAACCUGAAAUGCUGGGAGUCCGGCGACAACGAUCUGUGCGAAUAUGAGUCCUCGCCCGAGCCGAUGCCUCGUCUUGAAAGCUCCCUGGAGGCCCCCAAGCAGCAUCUCCCAUCUGUCUCUGUAGUUGUGACGCCAACAAAGAAACGGUCUCGUCCAGUCACUGGCCUACUUUCACCUUCCUCUGGUGCCGACGAGAAGCCAGCGAAGAAGCGCGCCACAAAGAAUAUCCAGGCCAACAAAAUGACAAAGAACCCGGCAAGCAAGGGUCGCUCUAUUGUUGAUGUCAUCAAGAACCAACCCAAGGCGCCCACCACUGCCCCCAAGGCAUCCACCACCGCGCCCAAACCCGCUGCAAAGACCGCCACCAAAUCAAAGAAGCCCGCAACCACCGCUGCCUCCGCAAGACGCAGCAAGAAAGACCCCGCUCAAGCCAAGCCCAACUCCGUUCUCACCGCAUUCAAAAACAAUCGUAUCACGAAAACCUCCGCCGCCGCCGAUCCCAACUCAAAGCCCAAAGGCAAGAUCAUGUGUCAAGUUGCGCCAGGGGAUCCAAAGAACAAUGGAACUCUGGAAAUACUCACGGCCGACUCCGAGGUCAAGCCCGAGAGAGCAGAUCUUAACCUCGACUCCAUCCCUCGAAUCGUGGCUUCUUCUUAA